CCUCAUGUACUGCUAUUAGAAGUUGAUAGUUAUACAACAACUUAACGACCCCACGGUUAGAUGCUGGCUUAAAACCAGCUUAUGAAGAUUAGUAGUUCUGGUGGUGAAUUGUCGCAGUAAGCACCAAAGUGCCCUUCUCUGUUAUGGCGCCUUUGCGCAUGCGCUAUUCAUUACCUGCCUCGCCCUCAGCCUUUGCGUUUGUUUAGCUCAGAUGGUUACAAGAGCAUCGAUGACUGCGAUGGUGAGACGGUUGUGGCUGAUGCCGCCAUUGACUUCUAGUGCCGUUGCAGUCUCUGUUGCUGCUGCUGCCGCGGAUGUUUGUCAACUGUCAGAACUUAAGAACACCAGCUGAUCGCUGGGGCGCCAAAAAGGUGAAAAUUCUCGCUUAUUUCUCGAGCGACCAGCGUACGAUAAGGUAGUAGAUAGCCCGUAAACGGCAGAACAAGGAUCAGACCCUUCAGAAUGGGUCGCAGAUUGGACCGAACCACAAAAGUUCUGUUGGCCCUUCGAGUCGCAUCGGUGUUGGUCCCACAAUAUGGCUACAUACAUGCCGAUGAAUUCUUCCAGUCCACGGAAAUCAGUUCUGGCGAUAUUCUUGGCACGGACGCAUACCGACCAUGGGAAUUUACAUCUUCAAGACCCAUCCGAAGUGCGGCCUUCGUUCACCUCUUUGCAUUCGUACCUUACCAGCUGUUGCGAAUCGUUGAACAUACGCCCUACUUGAGGCUGGUUCUGCCUCGCUUGGUCGCUUGCACUUUGUCCUUUCUAGUCGACGCAGUAGCCUUUCGAAUAAAGGGGCUUGCCGCUGUUAAGGUGACAGCCUCGUCAUAUCUGGCUUUCACUUAUUUUACCCGAACGUUUAGCAACCUAACUGAGACAAUUCUCUUUAGUUUGUUGCUAUUAAUGUCUGUCUCAACUGUCAAAACUGUUUGCGUAAAGGUUUCCACAGCAGCUCGGGAUAACGCCUGUACAACGGAAGCCAAUGGCAAAGGUGAAAAGAAGGACACUGGGAAAAAGGAGGCCAAAAAAGGCACUAAAGUUAAGAAUGUGUUAAUGAAUACCAAGGGCGGGGCUGAGCAGACAGAAAUGGCUGAAAUGGAAGUCUGCAAAUUUGUCAAGCAAUCGCCGGACUCCUGCCUAUUUCUCUAUGCCAGUAUAAUCUCGGCGGGGGUCUUCAACAGGCCGACGUUUAUCUGCUUUGCUAUCAUGCCUAUCGUUCAUCGGUUCUGGAAGACAACGUUCGCGAACUUUAUCGGAAGUUGUGUACGUCUUGCAAUAUUGGCUUUGCCAGCAGCCACUGUAUUCGUUAUCUUGGAUUCAGUCUAUUAUAGAGGUUUAGCAGAAUGUUUAGCCGAUCCGCUCGGUAGCGUGGUAGUGACUCCGUUCAAUUUCCUAUUGUACAAUAGCAAACCUAGCAACCUAACCAAUCACGGACUUCAUCCGCGGUGGCUCCAUUUGCUGGUGAAUAUCCCAAUUAUCUUCGGCGCUCACUCCUUGUUCUUUUACUGCGAUUUCUAUAGGCUGAUUCGCAGACCAGUAGCUUUUGAUGCCGACUCAAGGUUUCUUCUCAACUGUAUGAUAGUUCCGACCACAUUGUUGUCACUAUUUCCACAUCAGGAGCCCCGAUUUCUCCUGCCGCUUGUGCUCCCAUUUGCGCUUCUGCACGCGCAGAAGGUGUUUCGCUCAUCAAGGUCAAGAUUCUUUUGGUACUCGUUCAACUUCUUUCUAUCAAUAUUUUUUGGGUUCUUACAUCAAGCCUCCGUGGUGCCAACGCAAAUGUAUUCAGGGAUCAAGGGCAAAGUCAUAUAUUAUCAGACAUAUAUGCCCCCUAGGCACCUGAGUCCUGUUUUUGAGCGAAGAAUUGUCGUCGAUCUAAAGGAGAUCCCAUUGGCCGGCCUCGAGGCCACUCUUCGCAAACACCACGAGGGGUACCUAGUUUAUCCAUCAGGAGCUGAAAGCGUUGUAGCGACUGCUUUGCAAAACGCCGUUUGUUCGGUCAAAGAUGGCACGGCUUUGUGGCCGCACUUCGCCACUGAAUUUCUGCUUUCGGCCUGGCGGACGUGCAGUUUCGACCUUAACUGUCUAUUUCUCGACUCGAUGGUACUGAACCGAAUGCGCUUCCUCUGUGAAUCCGUUUUGUAACGACGUCGUCUAAAAUGAGAGAUCUGCACACCAACGUGUAGGCAAAUCUACAUCCGCUUAAAUAAAAAUGUUUGCUUGACAUUUGUGUGUAUGUAUAAUGCGUGCAUCUUACUCUAUCUAAAAAGACCGCGCUUGCGAAAAAAAAAAAUCAAGAAGUGAGAAUGUGUGCCAUCAAUGGAGAAGGCAAUUAUCGACCACAUAUAGCCACACAUAGAUAAACUGCUAGUUGAAUUGAAUCGUUUGAAAAAUACGUGUGACAAAAACACCAGCUUGUAGGUGUGUAAGUAUACGCCUCUAUAUUAGAGCGCGACUGUCUGUCUAUGUUGAGUAUUGUCAAUUAAAGCCGUACAAUAGUCAACUAUUACCGAAUUUAACAAAUGCGUCUUCGUAUUUGUUCUUGUUUUUUGUCAUUUUUAUCGGUAUGCGUUAUUAAGAAUAAUUUUAUUUUGUAAACGUAGUCUGCUUUGCCAUUCGCUAUUAAUUUAGUGCUAAAUGGAAAUGUGUUUAAAAAUGGACCGGUUAAAUUUCAUCAAGGAGUACGCGCCUACUGCCUCUUCGGGGAGAUAGUCUACCGGUAGAGCUUAUUCAUUAAUUGUUUUCACCUUUUUUCAAUUGUGCUUCAAAAUGAAGCGCAAAAAAUUAAUUAAAGAAUAGCAAUACUUUAUUGAGAUCCAUUUAUUGGCAUACAAUCAGUGUGGUGAGGGAUUUAUAAAUCUUUUACUACUGGCCGUUUAGCAGUUAAAUUUGAUCAGCCCGAGCAGAGUUUCACCUUCUUAUCCACUACAAAUAAGUUUCAAUUAAACCUUUAUAAGAGUAUACAUGCUGAAAAAAUUUAGUUCUAGCAGAAAAAUAACCGAGAGAUCUGAAACAAAGGUUUGGUAUGUAGGACAAAGACACAGAUUUGAGAAACUAACACGUUAUCUCAAUUUCGAAUAGUCACGGAUUGACAGCAAUGGCAUUUCAUUUAAGGUAAAAAGGAAGUAGUAGAAUGUUUGAUACGUUUAAGUGUGGUAUAAAUAUAUGUCACAUGAUGUAAACGAAAUCAUCGGCAACAUUCAGUGUAAGUUCCAUUCUAUUUAACUUACUCAUAAUGAAAAUAUAAUUUAGAAGAAAAAAACUAGAUGUUUUCGUGCUAACACCGUUAGCUCUCGUUGCAUAUGCAUAAUUAUUUGAGUAUCAACGCUAAAUUUAUAUUCGACAUAACCGAAGUUAUUACUAUUCAAAAAUAAGAACAUAUAGGUCUACUUCGUGAAUUGAAGAAAAUCACUUGGAAAUAUGACUUAGGUUUGUAACAGAAGACGCCAUUUUAGGCUUUUUUUUUUUAUGCGUUCUGUGCUUUAAGACUGUACAAGCGCGCUUUUUAAACAAAUAGUUAAGAAGUAAACUAGUUAAGUCAUAUUAGCAAGCCAACAGCAAUAUGGCGUUAGGCUGUGAUCUCCAUCCAUAUGGCCCUGUAAAACAUUAGUCAUAUCACAUAGCUUACUGAA